AAAUUGUCAAACCGCGUGAAAACAAAAGUAAAAACAGUUCUUCCUCUUUUUUCUCACACAAAACCCAAACAAAUAUCAGCGACUUCGAUAGUCGCAAAUGGUAAUAUUACAUACCAGAUACCACAUAGUGUUGUUUAUUCGUGUCGACUUUUUGUAAAAUUCAUAAUGAAUAGUUUAAUACAACUACGUGAUAAACGUUGGAACGCUUCUCUAAUAUAUUUCUGUUACAAUCGACGUGCCGUAUUAAUUAAGAGUAUUUCCGGGCACUUUUUAAACUUGAUAAGGUCUUGCAGUACCACUUCAGGAAAAGAUGGGAUAAAGAGUAAUUUUGAUAACUUCCGAGCACGCGAAGAGCAAAAACAAGAAGAUUUAUUGAAACAGCGUGCAAGUAACAACACUGGACAAAUUCAUGAAGGUAAAAAGAACGCAAAAGUUUUAUCUGUAAAAAGUGAUAUCCUAAACGCAGCUUUGAGUUAUGUUUCUGUCUACGGUUGGUCGAAGCAAUCAAUCUCAAAGGGCGCACUAAGUAUUAAUUACCCAUCAGUAGUUAAUGGACUCUUUCCUCUUGGUGCAAUUGAAUUGGUGCAGCAUUUUCACAGACAAUGUAAUGAGAAUAUGCUAAAUUACUUAAAAGAAGAAUCCAGUCGCUCAAAUAAAGCUCAAAAUCCAACCAAAUUUGCACAAAAGGCUAUUGAAGUACGGUUACGGAUGCAAAUACCAUAUAUAAAAAACUGGCCACAGGCAAUGGGCCUCAUGGCUCUACCACCAAAUAUACCCAACUCACUAGCACAUGUGCUGACUCUUGCUGAUGAUAUAUGCUACUAUGCAGGCGAUCGGUCCAUAGAUUUUAACUGGUAUACAAGACGAAUUGCACUUGCAAGUAUUUAUAAAGCGACCGAAUUGUAUAUGUUACAAGAUAACUCAGUUGAUUACGAAAAGACGUGGAAGUUCCUGGAGCGACGUAUAGAUGAGGCUAGCGUGGUUCACGAUUUUUUUGUUAAAUCUGAGGAUGCAACUUCACAUUUGCAGAACGCUUUUGGCUCUGCUUUUUCAACGGCACGUAAUAUUUUAGGACUAAAUUUUGGCGGACGAUGAUUGGAAGCAUUUCUCUUCAACCUAUGGACUUAAAUUAUCCAGUUUCUGUGGCAGUUUCAAUCAAAAAUACAUGUAAAAACACGAUAAAUAACCAUACAAUAAAUAACCAAGUUUCAUAACCAAGCCAACAUAACCCAAAUGCAUAUUCAAAAUUUCAAAAGGCGGAUACUACUUAGCAUUAGCUUUUCUUGAUUUUACCUAAAAAUCCACCGAGCAAGAUUGCAAGAGCAAGAGAUGUCCCCGAGCAAGAUCGGGCAGUGAGCCAGUAGGUCAAGACCGAUUAAUCAGGGAUCACCUAUUUUAAUCAGUUGAGCAUAAAUGAGCUUUAAAAUGCAGCAUUUUGUUCCUAUUUUCAGAAUCUUUUGAUAAGAGCAUCAUUUAGAAUCACUCACACAAUAGUUGAAAUUCAUACAAACACAUAUACCUACUAUUAAUACAGUAAUACCACAGAGAACAGACAUCCAAGCUGGCAUACCCAACCUGUGUAAAUUUUUGUAACGGCCAUUUCAAAAUAACCCCUCGUUCACGUUAAAGUUACCCGAAGUUAUCCCUCGCAUUUGUUAGUUUGGCGAUUCGUUCGAUGGCGGCGCCACCCGCAAGCAUCUGUCAAAACUGAAAUCCAAUAUAUUUCUUACCCUUUUUUACUUAUGCAAAAACCAAAAAAACAUCAAAAGCUCAUCAGUAACCACCAUGGGAAUGGUACAAAGGUUUGUUGAUACUAUCGAAACUAGUGUGGUAUCGAUAGUAUCGUCAAACUUCAUUGUUAGAAAUGAUUUGCGAUUUGUGACACACACGUGGCAAAAUUCGGUCUUCUUUUGAUGUUAUCGUGUUGUUAGGCUAAUUAUUAUUAUUAUUACUGUUGAUGUUUGACUAGUUUUGUUCGAAAUGGUAUCCGUCAAAUCAUCGAUAAAUAGCCUCGUAAUAUCGAUAGUUAUUUCAAGUGUUAUCUCUCAUCGUUAAUUGACGGAAAUACUUGACGGUGAUUGAUAGUCAAUUUAGUUUGGCGAUUCGUAAGCUAGGCGGCGUUUGAUAACUGUUGUAAUUUUAACGGUUUUUCGUUUGAAUUUUUACACAGAAAAUUACGACAAAUUUGUUCUAGCUUGGAAGUCUGUUCUCUGUGGUAAUAAUAAAGCAACCAAGGGGUCGGUCACUCAGCACAGCCGUUUUUAUGUUAGGCGACUUGAAACAAGCCGAACUGUGCCGAUGCUGUACCGAAAGUGCCGAACUGCAAGAUUUGUUAAAUUCGUUCUAAUCUGAUAGAUCUGGCAACCGUGCGAGAUGAUUUUGACAACUGGCAGUGGUCCCAUUUCAUCUGUAACAUUGAACCGGAGGUGUGUAAAGUCAUAUAAAUGUUAUUUUUAUAGGGCUUUAGAGGUGUGCCGCUUGAUAUCUCUGGAGUGCCUGGGCACAAUGUGCUGAGUGUCCGACCCCUUGAAAGCAACUUUAUUUUUAUUUUCGUUACGUUAUAUUGAAGCAAAAACGAAAUUUAUUGCUAUUCAAACGAAAUUGAUUGCAAAUGAAAGAGGAGUCUUUCAAACCCGUAACUUUCAAAUUUUAUGAUGAUUGGUCUUGUAGUUUGAAAGAUACAUUAAGAAAUGCAAAGAAGCGAAGUAUGUAUAAAUAUUUUGUUAAUUGAAAUUUGAAAAUCUAAAU